GUUGAUGAUUCGUUUUGCGGAGUCGCAUGAUGUGCUGUGCUUCAUUACGUUGCGGGUGGGGGCUGGCUUGGUGUUUCUGGAUCUCCUUCUGGUCGCUACUCUAGAGGGUCCUUGGUUCCUCGGGUCUGCUGUGGGCGGCGGGGGGAUCGGAAGCUUCAUUACAGUAGUGAAGGUAGUGUCGGAGAACGCCGUAGAGAUGGCCAUGGUUAACUAAGCCCAAUAGUGGACAACCUAGUUGGGCAUCAUGUUAUCGUACCCCGAUUCGAACGCCCCCCACCCCCCAGAAAAGUACUCCUAGCUACGCCAGAUCCUAAGAUCAAGAGAGAAGACAGAACACACAGAUGGAACUUUGCAUCAAUGAAGAAACGGCGCGCAUCACGAGAAGUCAUGUAACAGCGCUGCAUUCGUAAAACUCCACUAAUUAUCGCCAAAGGAAACCCUAUGCGACGACGUACUGACCACCCUUCGUGGCGGCAUUGGCGAGAGAUCUAUAGCCUCCGUAAACUUCUCGGUGAUGACGCCCACCAGGGCGACAUCGCUCCCAAACCCGCCCCUAUUCGUCGCGCCUCCCCCACCAGUCGAGAUCCUUUUCUUUGGUGGCAGCGGUAGUGUUCGCACCUCGUCAUCCUCCCCGUCUCCUUUCUGCCCC